AUGAUUGUGUUUUGGAGCCCUAAUUCUAAAAAUAAUCCCCUCUACCCUCAGGAGUAUGCAGUGGGCAGCGCCGCAGACUGCAAGGACCCUCUGUGCUGUCGUGCAGACUCGCGCCCUCCCAAGUGGAGGCGCUGGGAGGCGGGGUUCUGGGGAACCUACAGUAAGUGUGACCUGCCUCUGAGGACCGUGGAGAACCUUCUGGAGAACGCUGCCAGAGACGGACCCUGGGACUGGGUCUACUGGACCGGAGACAUCCCAGCGCACAAUAUUUGGUCUCAAACCAGGAAACAGCAGCUGUCAGAGCUUACUGUCAUCUCCAGGCUCAUCCACAAAUACCUUGGACCCCAUGUGACAGUGUACCCUGCUAUAGGGAACCAUGAGAGCACACCAGUGAACAGCUUCCCCCCGCCCUUUGUUCAUGGCAACAGGUCCAUGUCCUGGCUUUACGACACGAUGGCAGAGGAAUGGUCCGCAUGGUUACCAGAGCAGGCUUUGAAAACUUUGAGAUACGGAGGCUUCUACACAGAGGAGAUUCAGCCUGGUCUGAGGCUGGUCUCUCUCAACAUGAACUUCUGUGCUCGAGAGAACUUCUGGCUGAUGGUGAACUCUACAGAUCCUGCUAACCAGCUGCAGUGGCUGGUCCAUAUCCUCCAGGACAGUGAGAACAAGGGAGAGAAGGUUCAUAUCAUCGGUCACAUCCCACCGGGCCUCUGUCUUAGCAGCUGGAGCUGGAACUAUUAUCACAUUCUAAACAGGUAUGAAAAUACAAUUUCUGGGCAGUUCUUUGGCCAUACACACUUGGAUGAGUUCCAAAUGUUUUAUGACGAGUCGACAAUGAGCCGCCCAUUAGGAGUGGCUUUCAUUGCUCCCAGUGCCACUACUUACAUCAAUCUUAACCCAGGUUUCCGUGUUUAUUAUGUGGAUGGGAAUUACAAAGGCAGCUCUCGGUUUGUUCUUGACCACGAAACCUACAUCCUGAACCUCACAACGGCAAACCGAAGUCCAGGAGCGCCGAAUACCCCGGAGCAGAACCCCAUAUGGACCCUGCUGUACCGCGCCACCGAGGCCUACGGUCUGACCAGCCUCUUCCCGUCUGACUACGACGGGCUGAUGCGGACCUUCAUCAACGACGACCGCAGCUUCCAGAAGUUCUGGUACUACAGACAUAAAGGGCAUGUGUCGGAGCUCUGCAAUGAGACGUGCAAAACUACGAUGUUGUGCUUCCUGCACAGCGGGCGCUACGACGAGCUGGAGCAGUGCGACCUCCUCAACGGCUUUAAAGGAGAGAUGGCCCGCGCUGCCAGAAAAACCCUCUGUUGACCUGAGGACGUUUGGACUUAAUGUGUGGGGGAGAGCUGAACCUGUGAAUGGAGGAAAGACCUUUUUCACUGGUGGGUCAACAGGGAUUUGUUUUUGUUAAAGUAUAAAGACUAUUCUCACAAUUGUCAAGGGUUUUGUUGGCCUGACUUUAUGUUCUCAGUUGGCCUUGUAUUAUCGGUAAUGGUUUUUACAAAGAUUGUCACAGCCUCUGGUUUGUUAAAUGCUAUUUUGCCAAUUUGGUAAAGACGGGUUUUGUCUACUUGAAGUCAGGUCACGGUUUUCAUGACUUAAAUUAUAUUGUACUGACUGGGUGCCUUGUAUCAGGAAAGAUGUGUUCAACAUAUCUCUCCUUAUCGAACAUAAUGCAACUUUAAAAUGCCUUUCUACUACAGAGAAGAUUCAUCAUAAUCUCUAAAUGUUUAUCAAUGUUAAAGUCCUUGAGAUUUAUCAAGAUUAAGGGCUUCAUGACCUCUCAAGACUUCCAAUGAAAUAAAAGUCCUUUCUUGUAAAUUGCAAAAAAAUAACAGGAACUUGUAUUUUGGGCUGUCGCACCCUUUAAAGGUUGUAAAGCAAAUCAAUAGUCCAUUUAUGUAUGCACUUUGUGUAUAAAUGGGCUCCUUAUUUCUCAGGUUUGAGCUUGGCAGAGUUGCUAUGCAGCACACAGUACCUUCACCCAAUCAUUUGACUCUCCUCAUCAGCACCUGUGGAUUUAGGUUGUUAAAUUAUUUACUUCUCACCAUCUGCCUCAGCAUAGACUCCUGUACACCCCAACAGUAUUUCUCAUUAAGGGUUACUUCUGUCUGCACUUUAUUUGUUGUCUAAUGUCCAGAUUUGAUAGACCCAAAGUGGGACAAGCAUUGGAAGGCUUUCAGCUCUUGGUUUGCAACCUGUGGUGUAUUAUAAGUGUGACAAGUAAUGCAACUUGUAAAAUGAGCAAUGAUUUAAAGAAUGUAUUAAUUAUGAAUAAAAGAUGUAUUUGGA